GGUCGCUAGGUGGGCGCUGCCACCUGCCGCGUUGUACUAGCUUUGCGUCCGCGGGCCGGGUGGAAACUUCCCGCCAGUUCCUAGUGGGAACUUCCGGGAGAAAGCCCAGUUGCGGGCCAUGACGCCAUUGUGUCUCGGGACCCUCUCUUGAGGCGUCCCUCCUCUCGGGGGGAGGGGGAGGAAAUGUGGCCUUUGGCGAGUCGCGGCAAGUGGUGCGGGCCUGCACUCGCGCUGUGGGUCCCCGGGGCCCCGUGGCGGCAGCUACCUGUGAUCACCCGCUGGACUGCUCUGGAGUCCAGGACCCCGGACAGGCGCUACAGUUCAGCUGACCUCAAGGAAAAAAUUGACAUGUGCAGAUUCCCUGUUGAAAAUACUAGAAAUUUCAGCAUCAUUGCACAUGUGGAUCAUGGCAAAAGUACUUUAGCUGACAGACUUCUAGAACUUACAGGGACAAUUGAUAAAACAAAGGAUAAUAAGCAAGUUCUUGAUAAAUUGCAAGUAGAGCGAGAAAGAGGAAUCACUGUUAAAGCACAGACAGCAUCUCUGUUCUAUACUUGGGAAGGAAAGCAAUAUCUUUUAAAUCUCAUUGAUACACCAGGCCAUGUUGAUUUUAGUUACGAAGUAUCCAGGUCACUCUCUGCUUGCCAGGGUGUUUUACUUGUGGUUGAUGCAAAUGAAGGUAUUCAAGCCCAAACUGUAGCAAACUUCUUUCUUGCUUUUGAAGCACAGCUAUCAGUAAUUCCAGUUAUAAACAAGAUAGAUCUGAAGAAUGCUGAUCCUGAGAGUGUUGAAAAACAAAUCGAAAAGUUAUUUGAUAUUCCAAGUGAUGAAUGUAUUAAGAUCUCUGCUAAAUUUGGAACAAAUGUUGAAAGUGUUCUUCAGGCAGUCAUUGAAAGAAUACCCCAUCCUAAAGUGCAUCGCAAAAAUCCUCUGAGAGCUUUGGUAUUUGACUCCACCUUUGACCAAUAUAGGGGUGUGAUAGCCAAUGUAGCUUUAUUUGAUGGAGUGGUUUCCAAAGGUGAUAAAAUUGUAUCUGCACAUACUCAAAAGACAUAUGAAGUUAAUGAAAUAGGAAUUCUGAAUCCAAAUGAACAGCCAACUGAUAAACUAUAUGCAGGACAGGUGGGCUAUCUGAUUGCUGGGAUGAAAGAUGUCACUGAAGCACAAAUAGGAGAUACAUUAUAUUUACAUAAGCAACCAGUGGAACCCUUGCCUGGGUUUAAGUCAGCGAAACCAAUGGUAUUUGCAGGAAUGUAUCCUAUAGACCAAUCUGAAUAUAAUAACUUGAAGAGUGCAGUAGAAAAAUUGACUUUAAAUGAUUCCAGUGUGACAGUUCAUCGGGAUAAUAGCCUUGCCUUGGGUGCUGGCUGGAGGUUGGGUUUUCUUGGACUUUUGCAUAUGGAAGUUUUCAACCAGCGACUAGAGCAAGAAUAUAAUACUUCUGUUAUUUUGACAACACCUACAGUUCCAUACAAAGCUGUUCUUUCAUCAGCAAAAUUGAUAAAGGAAUACAGAGAAAAGGAAAUUACAAUCAUCAAUCCUGCACAAUUCCCUGAUAAGUCAAAAGUGAUAGAAUAUUUGGAGCCAGUUGUUUUGGGCACCAUUAUCACACCAGAUGAAUAUACUGGGAAAAUAAUGAUGCUAUGCCAGGCUCGAAGAGCAGUUCAGAAGAAUAUGAUAUUUAUUGAUCAAAAUAGAGUUAUGCUGAAAUAUCUUUUCCCUUUGAAUGAAAUUGUGGUGGACUUUUAUGAUUCUUUGAAAUCCCUAUCUUCUGGAUAUGCUAGUUUUGAUUAUGAAGAUGCAGGCUACCAGACUGCAGAACUGGUGAAAAUGGAUAUUCUGUUGAAUGGAAAUAUUGUAGAAGAGCUAGUAACUGUUGUACACAAAGACAAAGCACAUUCUGUUGGUAAAGUCAUAUGUGAACGUCUGAAGGAUUCUCUGCCUCGGCAGCUAUUUGAGAUUGCAAUUCAAGCUGCCAUUGGAAGUAAAAUCAUUGCAAGGGAAACUGUGAAAGCUUACAGGAAAAAUGUUUUGGCAAAAUGUUAUGGUGGUGAUAUUACUCGAAAAAUGAAACUUUUGAAGAGACAAGCAGAAGGAAAGAAAAAACUGAGGAAAGUUGGAAAUGUUGAAGUUCCAAAAGAUGCCUUUAUAAAAGUUCUGAAAACACAAUCUAAUAAAUAAUUGUGGGGUAAAUAUAAGGAAUUAUUAUUAAAAAAAAUUUUUUUGCACUUUAUAUUGAAAACAGAAAAAAAAAUUACAGCAUUUGCUUGGUAAUU